AUGGUUGUUGUCCACGGCCCCAAUUUGCUUUCUGGUCGACUUUUAUUCCUAUGUAGACCCUCACAAGUCACAAUGUUGACCCCCUACGGACCAGUGAUCCAACCGAAAACUCAACAGGGUAUUUGGUGGCCUGUUGGAGUUAAAAUUGUGAUGCUUGGUUUGGUCCGUCGUAAACUGACCAACAUGCACGGACAUUUCCGCAGCAGUGUUUGGGACCCGGUGCUAAUAAUCGCUCAGAUCAUUUGCAUGCAGUGUGUCUAUUACACAUCGGCUGGAUUUUGGCUUUACUUCACUAGUUAUGUGGGAAAUUUCGACAGACGUCUUAGCCAAAUCUUCACACAAUCAGACUUGGAUCUCUGGGAAGGAACUGGACGAACUAAUGCCAUUGGAUUUGCACUAAAUUCCUUAACUUGUGCUUUUGGGCUGAGAUUCAUUGUACAAAGAACAAAACAAUGUUUGGACUUUGCUGCCACAGUACACUUGAUUCACUUUAUUUGUUGUUGGUCAUACAAUUCUCGAGUACCACAUAACAUUUACUGGUGGGUAACAAACAUCAUCUCAUUAAUCCUGAUGACAGUGAUUGGUGAAUUUCUAUGUUUGCGGUCAGAAAUGAAAGCUAUUCCGGUGUCAAUGGGACCAAAGGCUGAUUUAUAG